UCUCUAGGUGGCCAUGCGCCGAUCUUACGGCCUGGGUCUCACGGGGCAAGAUGCGAGGCGAAGGGGGACCACGGCCUGCUUCUUGGGGCCUGCUCAUGCUUAGCGACCACCCUCCCCUCCCCCCUCCCUCGAGAUUCGCUCCAUGGAUUGGCGGUGCAGGGAGAGCGAGCGAGCGAAGGGAGCAUGCGGCGGCCGCGCGCGCUCACGCUCCCCCCCCUCGCAGACCUGGGGAUGGGUUUGAAAUUCCGCCGUGGUAGUAUUACGGUGAUGAUGAUGGAUGCAUGGCAUUUUUUGUUGACAAGUCUGUUCUUGGUGUGUAAUGCAACGUGUGUAGCUAUGUUGUCCUUUUCUCUCAAGGGAGGGAAGUUGUGUGUGGUGUGCUGCUACGUACAUGGACGUUAGUUGGCAGAUAGGACAAGCAAAGGUGUUGUGGACGAUGUUAGGUAGGACUAUGUACAGCGUAGGGAUUUUGCUUUUGUUUGUUUCCCAUGGUUGCUUUAUAUGGUAAAAAUGUCCGUAUUCGGUAUAUCUGAUGUUGCCGCCAUUCUCCACGUCUUUGUGUAACCGGCAUUCGUGCCCACCGCUGUCGUGUAGAACAAAGUGUCGGUACAUACAUGCAUGGUCUCUCUGUGUGUGUUGGGCUGGGCUGGGCCAGAACAAUGAGAACACAAUCGCCGCCGCCGCAUGCUCAUGAGGCGUGGAUAAACAGGCGUUCACAGCAUACAGGCAUACA